AUGGACCUCGAUUUUGGUAUGUUAGCCGCAGAGCUUAUGUAGCUACAUUUUAGUUGCCACAUUCUUGGUGUUUGUCUCAGGAGCGAUGGCUUGCACCUUGAUGUUGUGGUUUCAAUGUGGCAAAAACGACCGAAAAAUGGUGAAAGGAGAUGCCGUAAAGUCGACAGUGCCUCCGACCGGUUUCAAUGCUACGGGAAGCCAACGGCUGAAGGGAAAGGCGUUGACUAGAGAUGAGUAUGAAGAGAGUUUGCGAAAGAAAAAGCAGAGAAAUGAAAAAGAUGGACUUGGUGGGUAAGUUCAGGUCGUAUCUCAGAUUCGACUUGACUAAUAGUAUAAUUGCUAUGUACACUAGGCUUGUUAUGAGUUUCUGUUCAAUCUGACACCAAGACUGCAUAUAUUUCAGCUCGAAAAGAGGCCAUUCCACUCGCUCGAAGAUCGGAGGAGUAGAUCGUAGGAAGAAGAUCAAAAAAGAGGGUGAGUCUCAAGAGAAAAGUAAAAUUUAGCUGGGACACAAGGAUAGGACCACUUUUUAGGUAACUCUUGUACUUCGAAGAGGCCACCGGCCUUAUUAACCCUUACAGUGACGGACCUGAUCCAGUGGCAAAAAACGUACCAUUUCGCAUCCGGGAAGUAUCAAAAAUGUGGCAAAAUGCUUCCCUCUCCAAGUGAAAAAAAACUCCGAUUUCAAAAAGCGCGCCUGGUCUUUUUGCGAGGGAAAGGCGCCCCCUUCAAAACGAAGUUCUUCACUUGGAGAGGGAAGCGUUUUGCCACAUUUUUGAUACUUCCCGGAUGCAAAAUGGUACGUUUUUGCCACUGGAUCAGGUCCCCACUGUAGAUGAAGACGACAAAUAACUUUUUUCUUCUGCCCUUAAUACAUAGUUUUGCAGACCUUGAACAGACCCAGGAAGAAUCUUCCAGACGCCGUCGUCAGUCUCAGGCUCCAAAGUUAACCAAAGAGGAUAAAGAGAAGAAGGAAUGGCAAGACUUCCUCAACCAAAUGAACGACCAUGAACCCAAGAAGAAGAACAGCGACAUUUCCAACAAAUCCCACAAACUUUCCAAACUCUCCAAAACAUCGGUUGUUGACUCAAAGAAGUCGAAAAAACACUCUGACCGUUCAAAAGUUGACUCAAAGAAGUCGAAAAAACAUUCUGACCGUUCAAAAGGUGAUGGAACUUGCACUUGCGAAAAAUCAUCCUAUUCAAACUUGUCGAAACGUAACAAACCUUGUCCCGUACAUAAAGAGUCGAAAGAACAUGUGAAAGAUAAGUCAGAUAAGUCGAAGAAGACCUCAAAAAUCGACCCUAAACCGGAAGCACCCAAGAAAAUAAUCGUUGAUGAAGAAAAGGGAAGAGCGGCCGAAUGGGCGGCCUUUUCGAAUUUGAACAAAGAUGUGGAUGGGAACGAGAUCAAAGACGGAUUAAAGAAAGAAGAACCGAUGAUAAAGGAGGUGGAAGCGAAGGAAGUCAAAAGAGAUUCAAAGAAGGACUCCAAGAAGUCGAAAAAACUUUCGGGACGAUCCAUAAACGAUGAAGUCAGAGGGGAAAAGAAAGGAGCAGACAAGAAGAGUUCAUUGCGUUGUAAGUUCAAUUUUUAACGGGCCGGCACAGCCAAUCCAAGUUAUUGCACAGUGCAGAGCCUCUGUUGACGCAAGCCUAGUGACGGACCUGAUCCAGCUGCGAAAAACGUACCAUUUUGCAUCCGGAAAGAAACAAAAAUGUGGCAAAAUACCUCCCUUUCCAACCAAAAAAAAAACUCCGUUUUGAAGGGCGAGCUUUUGAAACCGGAGUUUUUUCUCAUGGAGAGGGAGGUAUGGUGCUGCAUUUUUUGAUACUUCCCGGAUGCAAAAUAGUACGUUUUCUGCCUGUGGAUCAGAUCCGCCACUGUAUCUAUGCACAGUGUAAAACUUUGGUUUAAAAAUCCCAGUUUUUUUUUGAUACCAUAAAAAGACAUUUUACUCCUUUUUUUAGCCUUCAAAUCCGAAAAAACCCAAUCCGACGCCGACAACAGCAAGAAGAUGACAAAAAUUACAGAAGAAUGGAAACAACUAAUGAACCCUCCCAAGGAUGAAAGCAAGGAACACAGUAACAAAAAUCCUAGCCAUAAGCCGAAAAAGGAAUCCAAAAAGGACGAAAAAUCUCAUAAAGACGAUGAAGGCAAAUCCAAAUGUAUAUACAGGGUGUACCAAAAAAAUGGAAACUUGUUUUUAUAGCUAUAUUUUUUCGGAGAAUCAAAAUUCAGCAAAAGUAACGGUUAUUAUUGGUAACAUAGAGCAUUGUUUAUAACAUGUUCAACCUGUUUCACAGUGGCUGCCUUUGGUGGCGAUAUAGAGCUAUAAACGUGACGUAAAAUUUUGGGCUCCGGGCCGCAGCUUUUUAAGGGAGAAAUCGGCCCCGUUCUUGGCGCAGCAUUUACUUUGCGACCCCAAACUUUUGUGGAGCAUAGUACAGGUGCUGGCCUUCUACUUAAAAAAAAAUAGUCCAUUGGAUUCAGAUCCGGCGAGCAGGCGGCCAUUUCGCAGACGGGUUAAAAUCGGGAAAAUCGGUCCCAUUUCGGGUCCUGAGUCGAUUUUGCCCUGUGAGCCGGCGCUGAGUCCUGUUGGAACGCCAAGUUUGCAUUGCCAAGGUUCUGCUGAGCUGACGGAAGCACGACAAAAUAGAAAUUAACGCGGCGCUAGUAUUUUGCCCCAUUGAUUCACGAAAAACAUGGAUUUCUUGCCGCUGGCACAAAUUCCGCCUUAAGCAAUGACAGCCCGGAAUUUGGCGGUAUUCGACGAUGGCCAACAGGCUAGGAGCUUCAUUGAAGCAGAUUCUAUCGUUCUGGUGGUUAUGUAUCCGCCAAAUAUUGAACCGCGAACUGAAUGCGCUCACGUCUCGGAGCUGCGGCCCGCCCCUUUGACUUUCCGACAUUUUUGUACCGUACGCGCUUACUCUCGACUUUAAAGAUCUGAAUUUUUUAGAGCUUGUAUGACAUGAGAUUGAUCUCGUCUUUGGCUAUUCGGCCGACUGAUCGGUCGCUGAUGUCAGUCUCAAGGGAAAGUUUUUCUUGAAAAUCGCGGAUUUUGCUGUUGGGGAUCUUCCGGUUGAAAGAAGCGCUGGCGGUGCGUUUUCUUUCACUUCCUGAGCGCUUACUAUCCGUAUCAAGCUCCUUGCGCCGCGUGAUUACUUUCGACACAACGUUCUUUCUAUACCGAGCAAAUUAACUGUUCGAACAGCUCCAAAAACAAGUCCAAAAUCGAGGUCCCUUCGUUUUAAGUUCAGAAAAACAGGUCGAUUAAUCGAUAUGGGCAUAAAAAUCAAACCACUAGGACAGAAAAACACAGAGAAUUUUGUAGUAAUGAACUUCUUUGGCUACACCUAACCAUUUUCGCGUCAGGACCCAUGAAAAAAAGUUUCCAUUUUUUUGGUACACCCUGUAAAAACUAUCAUAAUUUAUCAAUUUAUCAUACAGUGCAGAAAUGUAGGCAUGUUUGUUUCCUAUACUUCUGCACUGUAUACUAACAAGGGGAGGGUCCCUGGGAGCAAUUCCUAUAUAAAUUUCGCACAGUGCAGAACUUUAGGCUAAUUUACAGUGGCGGACCUGAUCCAGUGGCAAAAACGGACCGUUUUGCAUUCGGGAAGUACCAAAAAUGCAGCAAAAUACCUCCCCUCCAAGUGAAAAAACUCAGCUGGAGAGGGAGGUAUUUUGCUGUAUUUUUGACACUUCCCGGAUGCAAAAUGGUAUGUUUUUUGCCACUGGAUCAGGUCCGCCACUGUAAAAUAGCCCAUACUUCAGCACUAUGCGAAAUUUAUAUGGGAAUUGCUCCCAGGGACCCUCCCUUUGCCUUUUCACCAUGUAUUUUUUAUUCAAAAUCUUAAUGGAACCCGUUUCAGUGACCAAUCUGCAGAACUCGAUGAAAAAAAGUCAAACAAAAUCAAAGAAGAAUAAGAAAGAUUCGACGAAGGAGAAGGAGAAAAAAUCCAAGCAAGAUUCGACGAAGGAGAAGGAAAAAUCGACCAAAUCAGCCGUAAAAAAGCCAAAUUCCAAGGAGCAACUGAAUAACGUGAGGAGAAAGCUGCGGAACAGCAUCUACACGUCGACAGAAAAGACGAAAGCAAGUGAUGAAAAGCAAACCCCAAAGGAAGAGUCGCACAAAUCGAAGGUUUCUUCAGUGUAAGUGUUGUACAGUGGAGCCUGACCCAGGGGCAAAAAAAUGUACCAUUUUGCAUCCGGGAAGUAUCAAAUGUGUAAAAACGCAGCAAAAUACCUCCACUACGGUAUUUUGUUGCGUUUUUGGUAUUUCCCGGAUGCAAAAUGGUACAUUUUUUUUGCCACUGGAUCAGCUCUGUCACUGUAAUAUUGUUGAUUUAAAAAAAUCUAUAUCGAUUUUUUCGAUUAAUAUUGACGUCAUGAUUAUUAUUUUGGGCAUUUCAAUGCCAAAAAUUCUUAAUUCCAGAUAUGACUAUUGUGUUUCAGCUACCAUGCACCUUCACGAAGAAAAGAUGCGGAAGCUGGAAGCGAAAAAAGCAAAGCAAAAUCGGCGAAACCUAAGGGCAAAGCGUCAAAGAACAAAAAAGGACGCUAA